CUGUGGUGUACAGUCUUCAGGUGAUGAUGGGGGUAUUGAAUCAUCUCUCUACUCUCCUCCUUCUCUCUCUCCUUCCUCCUGCUCUCUCUCAUGUAGUGAAGAAGUUCAGUGAUGUUCCACAGUGCAAGAAUUUCUUCAUGCAGGGAACAACUCCAAAUCUCCCAGGUAUUUUGUAUGAUGGGAUAUUCAAGAACGAGGGCCGCUACAAGCCGAUUUGCCAGAAGUACAACAACAUCUACAGGUUUGCUACUCUCUACGACACGACCAACAGGAUCCCUGUGUUCUCAGCCUACACCUUCACUGGUUAUACAACGGGUCGACCAGAUGAUCCCUGGAUGAUAGAGCCCCAGCUCGACGGGAAGAAAAACAUAAACCGCACUGAAAUGCAGAUACAAGAGGGAGGCAGAUACGAACACCAGGCUGAGCAAAAUGACUAUAAAAUCUCAGAAUAUAAAGUGAACAAAGGUCACCUCUUCCCAAGUUCACAUGCUCAUGACCUUGAUACUCAGAAGUCCACCUUUACCCUGACCAACAUCGUUCCCCAGGACAUCACCUUCAACGAUGGCAGCUGGAAAGAAAUGGAGAGAAAUGUCAGAGGAACUCUUGUGAAUAACUGUAAGGAUGCUAACGACCAGAUAAAAGCCUAUGUGGUGACUGGAGCAGUUCCCAACAACAACAAAACCAAACUGAACAACCGAGUGAACAUCCCGUAUCUCAUGUGGACAGCCUUCUGCUGUGAAAACAAGAAGUACAUGAAGAACAAGAAGUGGAUGGCCGGAGCAUACUGGGGGGAGAACAAGGAGGGGACGGGGGCAUUGGAUCAACAAACCUUGGGAGCACUCGAAAUCAUGUUGAACAGAUAUUACAAAGGUAAAGAUGGUCCUGUCAAGGUGUUCCCAGAAGAUUGUCCAAGAGGUCCUUAACCUACCACUUCCUCCUAACCCAGUUGGAAGAAUUCCUUCCGUAGUGAGGAAUCUUUACAAUUCCAUGAGAAAUAGUUCUGGAAGGUUCUUUGGAUGAUCUGGGUACAGAUGCUCUCACCAUAUCAACAAACUAUCAUUACUGUUAGAGUAAUGAUUAUCAGGGUUAUAAUGGUAAUGAGGGU